CAAUCAUAAGCCAUACUUUCUAUCAUCUCAUCGAGUUCCCCUCAAAUUAUACUCUCACAAUGUGAAAAAUCUAAUAGGAAUUUACGCUGUUCUUUGGGAUGCGAGCGACAUCAUAAAAUGCAGUCGUGUUUGGAAAGGUUUACCCUAGAGCAGCAGUCCUACGAUAAAGAUUUUCGGAUUUCAUGUGAUUUAUCAUAAGAUCUGGACACUCCUGAUAGUAUAGUUAGCUGACCUCGAUUUAGACACCCAGUCUCUAAAUCUUUACAGUCAUGUCUAUAAUUCUUCUUACUGCAAGUAUCUGAUCGACUUUACACUGCGGAAACUGGGCCCAUACGCGUGACAGAGCUCGAGAUGCUGUGUUAUAUCAUUUUCUGACCCGAUUCUGUGGUGUCUGUUUCCAGUUACUUGAAAAAAAGAAACUCUUUAAAUCGUAUGAGGUCGUUUACUCUGCCCCAUCGGAUGAGUGAGUUUACAAAGUUUGCGGGCCGAUGACCAGACUUACAACCAAUGCCGGUUUCGUCCUCUCUGAUGUGGUUUCGAGAUUGACGGAGUUGAAGUCGCGUCUGUGAUUUUCGUCAAGUAAUACUUGCAUAUCAGACGCAUUGACUGUCAAUGUUCCUUGAUACACGAAUGCCGACCCAAAACCGAAGAAUUGCAACCACUGGCUAACUUUUCUGGAGAAUGCAGCUCAUGAGGAGUUGAAUCAUACUAUGCAUGGGCCAAGGACUUAUUCAAGUUAGUCUUAUUGCUGCUUUGCCUCGGUGUUACUUGGAUUUCUAGAUGUACCGGCAUGACUCUGCCCUCGGUUGGGCCAUGUCAGUCCAGAAUAGAUCUACCAUGCCAUAUGAGAAAACUGAAACCAGUCCUGAAGUACAUAAUUUCAUUUCGAAGGUGGUGUGUUAUUUGUGACAGGGUCGUUAUUGAUCUAACCACACGACGUAAAAACGGCGAACUUUCGGGGCAAUAUGAAGCUGAAAAGUGGUAUCGCGAGGUGCUGCCAGAAACGGGAACAAGGAUUCUUAUGCCGAUAUCAACCAGAAGGAGAACCAACGCAUCGAACUCCAGAUUAAGAGGGGUUGGAGAGAGAGAUCAGGCAAUAGAGUUUCGGUUGAAACCCGAAAUGACCUAAG